AUGGAAUACCUCAAAGGACAAACAACACGAUGGAUAUUACCGGACUUCUUGAAACGGCUACUACCACGUCGCUUUAACCGCUGGAAAUUUCAGAGUAAAAUUGUGCUGCCCUGUCUUACCAUAACCAUUUUUCUGAAUACUCUGUACGGUAUUUACUGGGGUCGUUUUAGUGUAAAACGUCAAAAGUUUAUAUUCUCGAGACCGGUGGCUGUCUACAGCGUUUUGGUGGGCUUGAUCUUUGCCGUGUACUAUGUGUGGCAGGUGUAUGAAGAGUUCACAAGUGGCCGCAUCAGCAGCAGGGACACCAUUAAAAUAUACUGCUACAUGAAUGUCUGCAUUUGUCUGCUCAACUAUGUGACACAGUGGGGUAUCACGGGUAGCAUUAUCCGUUUCCAGAACAGUGUUCCACUUUUUCGAGUGUCCAAUGCCCUGGACAUGUCGAUGAUGAUAGUGUGGCGAGCAGUCCUUGAUGCUGCCCUUAAGAUGAUACUCUGUCCGUUGAUUGUGUACGUAACAUUGAUACUCUACCAGAAUCGAGCCCAUCCGGAGAUGGAAUGGACCAGUAAGACGUCCGUAAAGACCAUGCUGCCUCUGAUAAUAUCCAAUCAGGUUAACAACUGCUUCUUUGGUGGCCUGGUGAUUUCAAACUUAAUGAUUGCCGCAAUCAAUAAGCGGAUACGCAGCAUUGUAAGGGAGGUGAACAUGAUGCAGACGCCACUGCAGAUGGAGCUUCAGAAGCCCUACUACCGCAUGCGACGCUGCUGCGAGCUGGCCGACAGUCUGGAUAAGCUGGCCAUAAAGUAUGCCCUGACUGUGUCACGGUCCAGGGGAUAUCUGCGGUUCACCGACUGGUCCAUGGUCAUGUCGAUGGUCAUGAAUCUGAUUGGCAUCACGUUGGGAUUUUACAAUGAAUACCUGGCCAUUGCCGACUAUUACAUCAAUGAAGAGCCUUUUGAUCUAUAUCAAGCCAUUGUUCAGUUAGUUUUCCUGGCGGUGCCUUUCAUGGAACUCAUACUGGUAUCUCGUAUAAGCAGUCAAAUGCUGCAGGAGAACAAGAAAACUGGAGAUCUCUUGCAGCGCAUAGACCUACAGUAUGCUGAUGUGCGUUUCAGGCAAGUUGUCAACUCCUUCUGGCUACAGGUGUCCACAAUCGAAUAUAAACUGAUGCCUCUGGGUCUCCUGGAGCUGAACAGCUCGUUGGUCAACACAAUUUUCGCGGCAGUCACUGGAUUCCUGUUAAUCCUGAUACAAAGUGACCUCACGCUGCGGUUCUCGCUGAAGUAG